AUGACUGGCAAUGUUGGUAAGCGGAUUGCCUGGAAUGAACAGGUAAAUUUUGAUGGGAAACAUAAAAGCCCUCCUGAGCAAUAUGAGUCACUCGUGGCCUACAAGAAGGACUCUGAAGAAAAGGUUUGGAGGGAGAAUGGCGUUCAUUGGGACGUGGAUGUGCAGCCUCUCAUCUCUUCCACUAAAUGGCUUCAGCUUCAUGGACUCAAGAGGAACAAGUUGUCCUUCUCUCAGAUUUUAUCCCAAAUUGGAUUUCAGCACAGGGAAGAUUAUGUGUCAAUUUUGGGGAAACUUGUGGCUUCUCGAUAUUCAAACAGGUUGUAUCCUCAGUACACAAAAGCAGAAGAUGGAAAACGGUAUAAUCUAACAGCCAGCAAAGACCUCCUCAUUCAUUUCGUGGACUGUCUUACCGUAGCCAUUGAACUGUACAAACAGAGAAUGGAAUGGCUGACUACUGAAAGCCGGCAAAUAUUUGGAGUGAUCCAGGAACAGUCCAUUGCUGUGGUUCUGGAUUUUGGUGUUUCUUCUCGAGCAGAAUUUAAUCUGUCUUGUGAGGCCCUUCGUAUGGUCCUGACGCAGCAAAUCACCCAAAAAGCCAAAUUUAAUCUCAUUCGGGCUACUGAAGAUCUUGUGAAAUGGCAGGAGAAAGCUGUUCCUGUGACCGAGUGUUCUCUUAAGGCUGCCGUCGAGUGGCUCUUUGCGUUGGACCACCUGCCAGCUGUUUGCCACUCAGGCCCCAUUGAAGCUGUCUUGGAGGCAGCGUGUGACGAUACGAUAGAAGCUGUGUACUAUUUUGUUGUGGGUGAUUUGCCUGAACGCAUGAAGCACUUGUUCCUGCAGAAGACCUUAAGGAGCCCACGUCCAAUCCAUACAGUGUCUUUUAAUGCCAGGGAAGAAGAAACAAUUACUUUCUUAAAGGAGCUGAGUCAUCAGACCAGUGGCAGGUUUCAUGCAUUUGCUGAAAGAACUGAUUGUGUAGCUAUGACAGAAACACCAGUAGGUUGGACAGAGGAUGAUACAAGCUUGCCUGCCCAGAAUUCGAGGAAACUGAAAGGGAAGCUUCCUUUAGGAGCAGGUGUCAGAGAAGAUGUGUUCUUGAUCUGGAAGGAACUGGAGGAAGCUAGGAACACACAGCUGCAAGUUCAGAGGAUUUUGGCUGGGUGUGAAGAGUCUGAAUCACCUAAAGUGAUCAAAACUGACUAUUCAGCAUGUGAUGUCCAGGAUACAGCGAGUUCCAAGUGGUGGCUUCAGAAGAAUGGUUUGAAGGCCCAGAACCUGAUGAUGACAAAAGCAUUUGGUAGUUACACUUUUCGUCAUGCAGACGGGGUUGUUGACAUAAAAACCAAGCCAGAGGAUGAAUAUUUGCAAACUGAUGCCGAGACUAACAAGAAAACAAUCCAUGCAAAAUACUGUGACAAGUUUAUACACAUGUACUUGGGAGAUGGGACUAUAGCCCAUGUACAUCUUGAUGCUGAAAAGUAUUUGCAAUAUGAAGACAGAAUGAGGAACGCUCUCAGUCAAAUGGAAAGCAGACUUCAGGAGCUGCUAAAAGGGAGCAGAGCACUCUUUGGGGAUGUAGUUGAAGAUCACAUUUAUAUUCUCAUUGAUACGUCUCACUCGAUGAAAAAUAAACUGCCACUUGUGAAGGAGAAAAUAUUUCAGCUUAUCCGGGAACAACUACAAAAUAAAACUCAGUUUAACCUUGUUAAAUUUGAUGCUGAAGCAAUCGCUUGGAAAGAGAAACUUGCUGACAUUAAUGAGCAUAAUUUGGAGGAUGCUUUGCUUUGGGUAAAAGGGCUACAGGUUGGAAGUUCUACAAAUACACUGAAAGCACUUCAGAUUGCCUUCAAUGAUAGUAAAACUCAAGCCAUUUAUCUUCUUACUGAUGGGAGACCUGAUCAGCCUCCCCAAACUAUUUUAGCCCAGCUUGAACUACAGCGGAAAAUUCCCAUUCACACAAUUUCCUUCAACUGUGAUGAUACUGGAGCCAAUAAAUUUUUACAUCAGUUGGCCAACGAAACGGGUGGACGGUUUCAUUACUAUCAUAUUUGUUUGAUGGACUCUGAUGCUCCUAAACCUUUUGAGUCUGAGGAUAUAUAUCUUCUUAAGAAAGAGAUUGAACAAGGGGAAAAAGAACUGAAGAAAAUAAAAGCAUUCUACAGCACUGACGACAUAUUGAUGGAUUGGAUUAAUGGCGCAAAAAGUCGAGAACAUAAACAUCGCAGGCAGGCUUUUACUGCAUCCACAGUAAGCACCCCAGUUGAGAGACUGAAUCCCCCAUCUCCAGAUAGGCCAUAUUGUGCCUCUGAAGAGCCGGCAUCAGCUUCUCCACAGCCUGGUACAGAUGGACGUCAGGCACGCUCUGAGAGUCCAGCCAGAAAGAAGAAAGCAUUAUAUGCAGAGCAAACCAAGAGCAGUAUGCUCAGAACUCUGCGCUAUGCAACAAAGCCUAUUGAACGUAGUCCAAAUGGGAGGCCAUCACCUGAAAGAAAAGAGCUGAAGACUCAUACGCCUGAGCAAAGAAAGGAUAGAGACCCUUUAGAUAAUCCUUCAGUUCAGUGGCUAAAGACUCAUGGUUUGGUUGCUAGGCGACUCACCAUAAUGGAUGCCUUAGCUCCAACAGCUGUUCCUCGCACAGCAAAAUACAUUCCAAUUCUAGACAAACACGUUGUUUCAAAAGUAUUCGAUGACGUCUUCCCCUUUGCCCAUGUGAGCAAUGAUAUGAAGUGUGUGACAUUGAUUAAUCCUCAGGCAGUAGAUCUUGAAGCCUACAAGAAGAAGCUGCUGGAAGCAAUCAAAACAUAUGAAAGGCGCCUGGAUCUAAUUGUUUGGAGAGCAUUAUCUCAGGAGGAAAGAGACAAGUAUGGACAGGACCAUCCAGUCUCAUACCUAGAAAACAAGGAGUCUUUGCUACAAGCUUUAGAAAAACUGAACUGGCCCAUCACCUAUGAAGAUGUGAAGUUGCUGGAGGAUGAGAUUCUGACUGGGCUGACGUAUAUAGAGCAGGCCUCUGAACUCCAGGCAGCUUCCAAAGAGGAAGCUCAGAAAAUCUGCCCAUUUCAUCUCUGCCCCAGUAAAGAGGAAAAGAAGAGGCAAAAAGGAAAAACGUUCGACACUCUCCGAGGUCGAAAGGUUGUUGCAAGAUCAGAAAGCACUGGAUUUUAUUAUCCAGGGACAGUACUAAGGAGCAUCACUUCUUCUUAUGCACUUAUUGGUUUUACAAAUGGGGAGACUGAAAUUGUACCAAUGAAGUUCAUUAUGCCAGUGGGAGGAGCAAUGCCUUGCCCACCUUUGCAGGUUGGCGACUAUGUAUUUGCCCGAAUAAGGAAACAGUCAGGAGAGGAGUAUUAUGUACCAGGUAUUGUCAUAGCAACACCUAAUAAAGCUGACGUUGAGGAUAAACUCUACACAGUUUUAAAAUACAACAACAGAAAGGAACAUUGUGUGCGAAAUGGGCUUAUUAAAAUCAGUUGCAGAAGGUAUACCUGUUCUUGCUGUUACAUAAACAUGACACAGAUGAUGGAUCAGCUCGUACCCAAUGUCAAGGUUGUGAAGCAUUUCCACAGAGGACGCCCAGCUGAAGAGAAAGAAAUGACGAUAGCUGUAGGGGGGGACUGGAGCAAAAAGAAGAAGGCUAGGAAAGGUAGACCUAAGAGCAAGAAGGAGCCCUGCAAGGAGUGGGCUUCCUCCGACUCCGAUGAGAAGAUGUUCACCCCUAGAAGGACAGCAAAACGGAGAGCAAAGAGUGCAUCACCACCGCCUCCUGUCAAAGAAGGAAGUGAAGGUACCAUAAGUAAGCUGGAAAAGGAGUUUAGUGAGGUCUUAAUAUCGGAUGCCUCAGAGACAGAAGAGUUGCAUUAG